AUGCUGGGGGAGGAUACCUACCAAGUAGGAUACGAGGGGUUGCACAUGAUUUUCUUCUCCUGUGGAAAAUAUGGUCACAGGCAAGAUCAAUGCAUUCAGAUGGAACCAGGAAAACAGGAAAAGGUCAUUGCUUCGGCCAGUUCCCCAGAACACCAGAAGUAUGAGAUAAGGGACGUGGGAGCAGUGACGAGAGAUCAAGUGAAGGAAGAUAAGGCUUUCGGCGAUUGGAUGGUGAUCCAAAGAACCAGGAAGAACCGCCGGCUAAAGCCUACUUCGGUGGUGAAGAACGGUGGGGACAGAAGUCAUCCAAAUGUUCCUAAAGGGCACAACAACCAAGUCUCUGUUAGGUCAGGCUAUGGUGUGAUAGAAAAUAGCAGCAGCCCUAUAAAAAUCGUGACUGCAUUAGAAGAACUUUGCAGCGCAGUGUCCAAUAUAAGAGGGAAUACUAAUGAAAGAGGUUCUCAGAAACCAGGCCCAGGGACAGCAGACAAAGUGAAGGAACCCUUUCAUAGGAAGGGUGUCUCAAAAGGAAGAAUCGAAGCACCUAUCACUAGGAAAGCCAGGAAUAGAAAUGUGGGUCCCCCUCCCAUGCAGCCUCCCCAACGUAAAGAUAAAGGACCGAUACAACAGGGGUUGACUAUCUUAAAAAGACAGGAGGUAGGGACCAGUUCCCUUGGCCCUAAUGCUGAAAGACAACCACCCUCCAAUGUAAUACUCGAAGUAGGUACUGAGGAUCCACAGCAGAAGAAAGAGAAGGACCGAAAGGAGCAAAAUAUACUACAGCUGAUGAGAGAAUCAGAUAGCUAUCAAGAGAAUAUGAUACUGAACCAAAACCUAGCAGCAGUGAGAGCUACUAUGGGACCCAUCUGGAAUUGCAGAGGGGCUGCUAAGAAAGGUUUCUUGGCACUCAUUCGUGACCUUAAAUUUCGCUUUAACAUUAGUCUACUGGCUCUCUUAGAGACUAAAAUUAGUGGGGAUAAAGCGGCUAGGAUUAGCUCCAAGUUCGGCUUCCAAAAAGUCCACAUACAGGAUCCUAUUGGGUUCUCAGGGGGUAUUUGGUUGAUGUGGGAUGAGGUGGAUUAUACUCCACAGAUACUCAAAUCUAAUCAUCAACUCAUCCAUGCCAAGAUCCGUUAUAUUAAUCAGCCCAAAGUCGAAUACAUCUCCAUUGUGUAUGCGAGUCCGCGUAGAUAUGAGAGACGUGCUUUAUGGAAAGACCUAGUGGACCUAAAUGUUGACAGUUCCUCUCUAUGGGUGGUUAUGGGAGAUUUUAAUUCCCUAUUGGACCCUAGCGAGAAAUCAGGGGGUGGUUCCUUCUGUUGGGGUGCUUCCCAAGACUUUAGGGAUUGCCUUUCAAAGUGUAACAUCCAGGACUUGGGGUGCAAAGGUCCUUUUUUCACGUGGAAGAGAGCUAGGAUUCAUGAACGGCUGGAUAGGGUGUGUGUGUCUGAGGCCUGGAGCACCCAUUGGCCAAACCAAUCGGUUCUAAAUCUCCCAUUCUAUAGCUCGGACCACAGACCGAUUCUCAUCAUAGACGAAGGUGCUAGCAACAGGGUUAUUGGCACCAGGAGCUUCGAAUUCCAGGCUGCCUGGCUAACAGAUGAUAGCUUUGGUAAUAUAGUAAGUAACUGUUGGAAUAAUGACAAUGAUUGGUCCACUAACUCUGAGCAAUUUCAAGCUGAUGCUUCCCAUUGGCAUGAGUACACGUUUAGAGCUUUGCAAAAGCAGAAGAAUAGGAUCCAAGCUCGGCUGAGAGGUAUUGACGUUCGGCUUGAGAUGUAUCCGGAUGAAGGUUUGGAGCGGCUGCAACAAUCUCUUUGGAAGGAGCUCGAUGUAAUCCAUGUCCGUGAGGAGAUUUCCUGGUUCCAGCAAGCCAAAUGCAACUGGAUGGAACUGGGAGAUAGAAACACAAGGUAUUUCCAUGCAGUUACAGUGGCAAAACAUCGUCGGAAUAGGAUUAUCACCAUGAAGGAUGAUGACGGUACCUAG